UCAGGAGUGAGUCUACUCUCUGCUGGAAUGGUUCAUCAUCACUGUAACCUACAGACGCUCAGGUUGAAUCAAACUGGCCUUACAGAGAAAUGCUGCCACCAAUUGUCGUUAGUACUCAGCUCCCAGGUGUUAAGUCUGAGAAUGCUGGACAUGAGUAACAACGAUCUGCGUGAUUUAGGCGUGACGCUACUCUCUGCUGGACUGAAGGAUUCUGACUGUGCACUAGAGACUCUCAAGCUGUCAGGCUGCCAGAUCACAGAGGAGGGCUGUACUUCUCUGGCCUCAUCUCUGAAUUCCAAUCCUUCCCAUCUCAGAGAGCUGGAUCUGAGCUACAAUCACCCAGGAGCCUCAGGAGUGAAGCUUCUUUCUGCUGGGCUGAAGGAUCCUCAGUGGAGACUUGAAACUCUCUGGCUGGAACAUUGUGGCGAGCAGAGGCUGAGACCCGGUCUGAAGAAGUAUUUCUGUGCACUUGUGCCGGACACAAACACAUUACACAGAAACCUCAAACUAUCUGACAACAACAGGAAGCUGACACGUGUGGUGGACGAGCAGCCGUAUCCCUUUCACUCAGAGAGGUUUCUCUCAUAUGUGCAAAUGGUGUGUACCAGUGGACUGACUGGUCGCUGUUACUGGGAGGUGGAGUGGGAAGGAGUGAUUGACAUAGCAGUGAGUUACAGAGAAAACAGAAACACUUUCCAAAGGGUUCGGUUUGGAGACAAUAACUACUCGUGGAGUCUAAGGUGCUCUCAUGUUGGGUGCUACGCGAUGCACAAUAACAGAGGAACACGCGUGUCCUCCUCUGUCCUCGACAGAGCAGCAGUGUACGUGGACUGGCCUGCAGGCACGCUGUCCUUCUACAGGAUCUCCUCUGACUCACUGAUCCACCUCCACACCUUCAACACCACCUUCACUGAACCUGUGUAUCCUGGGUUCUGGUUGUCCAAUCACUCCUCAGUGUCUCUCUGUAGCAGCGAGAUCCUCCAGUGAGGACACGCACUGACACACACGAACAGAUGUUUAUUAUUCUUUUCUCGUCUGCUAGUUUAGACCGAGUCGCGUCAAGUC